AUGAAUAGUCUCCCAAACUUCAGUCGUGGCAGCUACAUAGACCAAGACCAUGAGGAUCUGAUAACAACAAGACCUGGCAGCAACAGCGGACUGUCUGACGACAAAUUUCUUCAUCUGAUCACCAGCAAGCUCCUUAGAGACGCGCAUAUACAGGCUUGGGACCGUGAGGUGGGCGAGACGCUGUCCGCCAUGAUGACCAUGGCCGGCUACGACGACGGAGCCAAGGCCAUUCACCGGGGGUUCUUUGGGACGCCUCGUUGGGAGAGUUUCAUGACGGACGACCACACCCCCGUUGAGCUUAGCUGGGCCUGGCCUGACGAGCAGAGCACACCCACGGUCCGUUACUCGGUUGAGCCCAUCGGAUGGACUGCAGGUUCUGCCAACGAACAAGCUGCUGCUUCACUGCUGAACAGAACCAGAUCGUAUGCUCAAGGUCUCGAUCUGUCUUGGUACAGACACUUUCUGCGAAACGGAGCUGUUUCUUCCUCGCAGACCUUCUCUGCCUUUGACCUCGAGAACGACGGGAGCACCACGGUCAAGUCUUACUUCAUACCCACCGUGAAGGCCUCCUCUCUGGGCAUAUCGAAUUUGGACCUGGUUGAGCAGGCCAUACAAACCCUGCAACCACUCGGCCCAGAAUGUUCCUCGACAGCACUCAUGGGCCAAUUCAGCUUGCUCAAAGACUUCAUUCUCUGCCAUCACCCCACGGAGCAGCCGGUUGUGGAGAUAGUCGCAAUAGACUGCGUUAACCCGACCGACUCCCGCGUCAAGAUCUACAUCCGGUCCAAGAAUACGACCUUUGGCAGCAUGAUCGACGUCAUGAGCUUAGGCGGACGACUCCCCUUCCUCUCCGAUACCGUCAUGUCCUCGCUCAAGGAACUCUGGGUUGCAGUCUUUGGUUCCGGCGCAGAAGACAACGUGGGUGCCUUGUCGAGGCCGCUGCCCACGAUAGAUCAUCGCACCAGCGGCAUCCUGUACUACCUAGAGCUGAAACCUGGUGCUCCACUCCCCAAGCCCAAGGUCUAUCUGCCUGUUCGACAUUACGCUCUCGGACGACGAGCAGAUUGCGCGUGGUCUGUCGGGCUUCUUGGAAAGGAGAGGCAAGUCCUUGGCAAAUGA